AUGUCUGGCCGGGGACAACAAUACGAGGAGGGGGAAGAAGACCAGGGGUUCAAGACCAUUCAUGGAAACUUCCAGGAUGGGAAAACUUGCCGCAACUGUGGUGAACCUGAUCACUUUGCACGAAAUUGUCCCGACAACAACGGCGGUGGAGGCGGAGGAGGUGGGGGAGGCGGACGCGCAUGCUUCAAUUGUGGCGAGGAAGGUCACAACAAGUCCGACUGCCCCCAACCUCGAAAGUCAAUGGGCGCGUGCUACAACUGCGGCGAAGAAGGGCAUUCAAAGAACGACUGCCCUCGGCCUCGAAAGUCGAUGGGAGCAUGCUACAACUGUGGGGAGGAAGGCCAUUCAAAGAACGACUGCCCUCAGCCCCGAAAGGCAAUGGGCGUAUGCUACAAUUGUGGGGAAGUAGGUCACAACAAGUCCGAUUGUCUCCAACCUCGCAUUUUCAAGGGAACAUGCCGUAUUUGCAACCAAGAGGGCCACCCAGCGGCUACUUGCCCGGAAAAGCCGGUGAAUAUUUGCCGAAACUGCAAAGCUGAAGGUGAAAGAUCCCCCUCUAGACUACCCACAUACUUGAAGACGAAAAAUGUUUACAUAUGCGUGACAGGCCACCAGUCGAAAGACUGCAAAGCAAACCGCAAGUUCGAUUUAAACCAGGUCGCCGACAAGCUUCCCGAAGAAGCAUGGGCGAUGAUGAAGGGUGCAAGCGAAGAGAAAGAAAUUGGAGAAUUCCGAGAUGCCCUCCAAAUCUACGCCAAAGCGUGCCCAGACGAGACCUUUCAGACCAUCGGCAAGAAAAUGCGGGAUGAGAGUUUCAAGAUCUCUCUUAUUGCUCUGGAAAAGCCCACCGAAGAUGUUAUCAGCUUGAUUGAUUUGCAAGGAAAACUGGAUCGCCAAUAUGUCGUUGGCUUCUUUUACAGCGAUAAGCCCCAGCGCGCCAAUCUCCGAGAACGUUGGCCUGAAACCCCCGAGGACAACCUUGAACGCCUCCAAAACGCAGGACUCCCCUACGACCGGCAAGUGAUGAAGUGCCGUAAUUGUGGAGAAAUGGGUCACAGUGCGCGCGCAUGCAAACAGGAGCCUGUCGCAUUUGAGAAAACGGAGAUCAAGUGCAACAACUGUGGAGAGCUCGGGCACCGGGUGCGAGAUUGCACACAACCGCGUAAAAGCCGAUUCGGAUGCCGCAACUGCGGUUCUGAAGAGCAUGAAGCCCGGGAAUGUCCCGAGCCCCGAUCUGCUGAUGAUGUCGAAUGCCGUCGUUGCAACGAAAAGGGACACUUUGCCAAGGAUUGCCCCAACUCCGCUCCACGGGAACCUCGCACUUGCCGUAACUGCGGUUCCACCGAGCAUAUUGCUCGUGAAUGUGACCAGCCGGCAAAUCCCGACAACAUGAUCUGCCGAAACUGUGAUGGAAAGGGCCAUGCUGCUCGCGAUUGCCCCGAGCCCAAGAACUGGAGUAAAGUCAAAUGCAACCGAUGUAGCAACAUGGGUCACACUGUUCGACGAUGCCCUGAGCCUGAGCCUGAAGCCAAUGAAGCUCCUGAUAACCAUGAAAAUGAAGGCGAGUCUCGCCAAGACUAUCAAGCUCUUGACAACCAUGGAUAUGGCGAGCUUCGGGAAGACAACAAUGGAGGAGGAUACGACGAAGAGGGGGGCCGCUGGUGA